AUGCAAAAGGAUAUUGAUGCGAUAGGGAGAGUUGGUGUAACUAAGCGCAUUGGAUCAUCAGUUCUUGAUGAGCUAGAUGAAAGGGCUGGUGAAAAAAUAAGCGAAUUAAAACCAAGCGACUUUGAUAGUAGUAAUGCAACUGAUGAUAAGCAUAACGAAUUGUCAAAACAUUUCCAGAAUGUUCACGAAUCUCAAUUCAAUAAAAUGGAAUCGCUAGAGUCUCAUUACAUCAACAAUGCAUUACCACAAACACCGAAGAGACAUGUUGAAAACAAUGAUAGUGAAUUCAGUAAUCCUAAAAAACCAAGGAUUCCAAUCCCUUCAUCGCCGCCAGUUCAUGAUAUUACAAGGAGAAUACGAAGGUUAAGAUUAAGAAGUUCAUUAACAGGUGGAAAUUCAAAUCAAUCAAGAACCCCAUCGCAGACUGCGUUGAAAAAUACGCCAUUGACAAGGCAGAGACCAAUGGAUCCGCCAAGAUUUUUAAGACCAACUAUUAAUUCGUUGAACAAGAAGAAUGUCGAUACCCAACCAAUUAUAAGGAAUAAGGAGCCGCGUGAGGAAGUUCGAGGAACAAGUAGACCAGUCCUGAAAAGUCAAUUCAAUCAACCACAACCAAUACAACAGAGAGAAAAGAAACAGAUACCAAGAUCGCAGUCAGUCUUCGAAAGACUGUACUCACAGACGACAAUUGCAAGAUCAUGUUCGAUGGGUAACGUUUCAGUAAAAGCACAAUCGCAUGGCAUACCGAGUCGGACACGUGAGCAUGAGAGUAACACUGGUACUAAUAACAACAGUAGCAGCACCGGUAGGAAUCCUAACACAAGGGUUAAUUCAAAUUCAAAUAGGACUAGAAUGACAAGAAGCCAAACGAGUGAAUCGUUAUCGAGCCAAUUGGAGCGGCCAGCAUGGAAGUGA